AUGGGUCAGAAACCCGCCAAAGACUCUGGAUCGCUUAUUCCCCUGCCGAACCGGGCCUCGAUCAGCGGCCGUUUCUGCACGUCGCGCACUGAGCACUCUCGGAUCUUUGGCUGCGCCUGCAGCUGCAGCUGUUUCUGCUACGCAGAUCACUCCGAUUGGGAGAUACCGACCGUGGAGACGGCUCUCAACCUCCUUGCUGGGCUGGUGGAAGACUGCUGCCGCCGUCAAUUACGCCACUGA